AUGUCUUCGGAGGCUGACCCGUCUCACCGCAAACGCCGGCGUUCUACAUCGCGUGGGCCAUUGGACCCAUCAUCGCCAUGGGCUGACUCUGGCGGAAGUGACUCGGGACGUGAUCGUGCGUCGUCCAUUCCCCCGUCUUCGUUGCCAACAUCGUCGCCGCCGGGGGCCCUCUCUGACUUCACAGAUGAGGCCGACGAUCAUAGCGCCAUUGAAGACGAUGUGCCGGAUAUUGAUGAUGGCGACGAUGAUGAGGGCGAAGACCUUUUUGGGGAUAAUAUGGAAAAUGAUUACCGCGAAAACCCAGAACUAGACACCUACGAAGAAGAAGGCAUGGAUGAUGCUGACUUUGAGCACAUGGAUGCCACGACACGUCAGCUUGCUGAAAUGCGCAUGGCCCGGCGUGAUCGUGCGGAGGGAAGGGGUCGUAUGAGCCGUCAUGCGCCUCAAUUUCUCCAGAGUGACGAAGAAAGUGAUGAUGGUGUUUUCCGCCACCGUCGUCGAAGGCACUAUGAUGAGGUGCCUGAUGACGAUGCGAUGCCGGACGAUCUUCCUCUUGAGCAAUUGAGCGAUAUCAAAGCGGAUAGCAUCGCGAGUUGGAUCGCUACGGAGAAUGUCCGUCGCACGAUCGUUCGCGAAUUCCGCAAUUUCCUUGUCACAUAUGUCGACGAACAAGGUGUUAGUGUGUAUGGUCAGCGCAUCAAGACUUUGGGUGAACUGAAUUUGGAGUCACUUGAGAUCUCGUACCUACACUUGGUUGAUGCCAAAGCCAUUCUGGCAUUCUUUCUCGUCAACUCACCUGCCAGUAUCCUUCCAAUCUUUGACGAAGUGGCUUUCGAUGCUGUUCUUUUGUACUAUCCGUCGUAUGACCGCAUCCACCCUGAGAUUCAUGUGCGUAUUGCUGACUUGCCCCUCUCGUCGACCUUGCGUGACUUGCGUCAAUCACACUUGAAUACCCUUAUGCGUGUAAGCGGUGUAGUGACACGUCGGAGUGGCGUCUUCCCGCAACUGAAAUACGUCAAGUUUGACUGCUUGAGCUGUGGUGAAGUCUUGGGUCCUUUUUGGCAAGAUUCGAAUCAGGAAGUGAAAAUCAGCUAUUGCUCUAACUGUUCAAGACGCGGUCCUUUCCGCGUCAACAGUGAGCAAACAGUCUAUCGAAAUUACCAAAAAAUGACAUUGCAAGAAUCGCCUGGCAGCGUACCCCCAGGCCGCUUACCGCGACACCGUGAGGUGAUUUUGCUCUGGGAUUUGGUAGACGGUGUCAAACCUGGUGAAGAAGUGGAGGUAACCGGCAUAUACCGCAACAAUUUUGACGCGGCGCUCAACACUCGCAAUGGGUUCCCUGUGUUCGCGACGAUCCUGGAAGCCAAUCACAUCGCAAAGCGAGACGACGCGUACGCGGCCUUCCGUCUGACCGAAGAUGAUGAGCAGGAGAUUCGCGCGCUGGCGCGCGAUGAUCGAAUUGGCAAGCGCAUCAUCAAAAGCAUUGCACCCAGUAUUUAUGGCCAUACCAGUAUCAAGACGGCGAUUGCUUUGAGCCUGUUUGGAGGUGUCUCCAAAGAUGUAGGAGGCAAGCAUCGCAUUCGUGGCGACAUCAACGUUCUCUUACUCGGUGACCCUGGUACAGCCAAGUCACAAUUCCUCAAGUACGUGGAGAAGACAGCGAAUCGUGCUGUAUUUGCUACAGGCCAAGGCGCGUCCGCUGUAGGUCUUACAGCCAGUGUACGUCGUGAUCCAGUGACACGAGAGUGGACCUUGGAAGGUGGUGCGCUCGUUUUGGCGGACAAGGGUGUGUGUUUGAUUGACGAGUUCGAUAAAAUGAACGAUGCGGAUCGCACAUCGAUUCACGAGGCGAUGGAGCAACAGAGCAUUUCGAUCUCCAAGGCAGGUAUUGUGGCUACUCUGCAAGCGCGUUGUGCCAUUAUCGCCGCAGCCAACCCUAUUCGUGGACGGUACAACCCCACCAUCCCAUUCAGCCAGAAUGUCGAGCUUACGGAGCCCAUUUUGAGUCGUUUCGAUGUGUUGUGUGUGGUCAAGGAUAUUGUGGACCCUGUACAGGACGAAAUGCUUGCGCGUUUUGUCGUGAGCUCGCAUUUGCGUGCGCACCCAACCUUUGAUGCGUCGGUGGAUGAAGCGCGUGUAGCUACGUCGUGGGAUGCAGACAUCAUCCCACAGGAUAUGCUGCGAAAGUACAUUACGUAUGCGCGCGACCAUAUUCGUCCACGCCUGGACGCAUUGGACCAGGAGCGUCUUUCGCGCUUGUACGCUGAUCUGCGUCGCGAAAGUCUCAACACCGGCUCGUAUCCUAUUACGGUGCGUCAUUUGGAAAGCAUGAUCCGUAUGGCGGAAGCCAGUGCCAAAAUGCAUCUGCGUGACUAUGUGCGAUCGGAUGACAUCGAUGUGGCCAUUCGUGUCACGGUGGAAAGCUUUGUAAGUGCGCAAAAGAUGAGUAUCAAACGGACAUUGGAACGCGGGUUCCGCAAAUACAUUCACCAAGCACGCGAUCAUGAUGAAUUGCUGUCUUUCUUGCUGGGUGGUAUCGUCAAAGACAAAAUGCGGUUUACCCAACACCGCCAUCGCCAAUUGGAGACGCCAACGCUCAUUUCUGUGCCGCUAUCGGAGUUGGAGCAGCGCGCGAAGGAAGUGGAUAUCUUCGAUGUGCGUCCCUUCUUGUUGAGCCGGGUGUUCCGUGCGAAUGGCUACCAAUGGGACGAGGCCAAUGGCGAAAUUCUCAAGAGGUUCGGUACGGCCGCGGCGUAG